UUACCACGCCCUUGCACACACCGUCAACAACCACCUCCUGUCAUUUCACUGCUUGCUGCUCGAUGAAUUCGCUUUACACACUCGGUGUUCGUCAAACCAAUUCACUCACUGCCGACCUGGAACGGUUGAAGAAUGGCGACAAUUCGACUUCUCUGUUAGGACAGAUAUCUGCUUCGCUGGCAGCCAUGCAUAGGACAAUAGAGGACUAUGACGCCAUGACCAAACGUGAAAUUAUCAAAGCCAAGCAGGAAAAGGCUCAGAUGCGUGUUCAGAAGUUUCGUGCCGACUAUGCGGAGCUGAAGGGUCAGUUUGAGAAAAUUAAGAGCGAGAAAGCAGCGGUACAACGGAAUGAAUUGUUGCAAGGCAACCCUUCAAGUCUCCAGUCACCAGCAGGGUCAGACGCAAGGCGACGGAUCACCUCAAGUUAUCUGCAUAGUAAUGGGGAAUCGUCUCAGCACUCUGAAUCACCAUUCCGCAUGCCAACCUCGCUGCCGAACCAAACGUUACGAGAACAUCAUGCACUACACGAACACUCCUUUAUUCAGAGCACGGAAACGAAACUGGAUGAGUUCAUCGCGCAGGGUCGGGAAGUGUUGGACAAUCUCGUGGACCAGCGCAACGUGCUGAAAGGCACCCAGAGACGACUGCUGGAUGCGGCAAAUACGCUCGGGCUAAGUCGCGAGGUCAUCAGCUGGAUCGAGAGACGGAGUACGCAAGACAUGUACAUAUUUCUUGCAGGGGCGGUGUUCACAUUCGUCUGUUUCUUUUUGAUUUGGAGGUAUCUUGGUUAAGAUUAGCCAGUGAUUUUUUUCUCUCUGUACCCUAUUCUACCUAUUUUAUGUCCAUCCUUGGUAUCCACAGGACUUGG